ACCCUCCAGGGUGGGCGGGGGAUGGUGGUGGUGGUGCAGGGUUUGGCCUGACCACAAACGCCUGCCCCCGGAGCUUCCAAGCAGGACCCAGUGUCCACCUCAACCUCAAGCUGACCAACAGCCCCGGCACAGUGGUGGGGGCUCUCAGUGGUGGGGAGGCCCCUGGUAGCCAGGGACACACUGCACACUCACAGCAGAAGUGACACAGGGGAUCCCCCAGCUUACUCUCCAGUGGGCAGCCCCUUCUCUGUCCGCUGCCCAGACCCAACACCCCGGGACAUUCACUGGGCCUGUAGCUUGCAGGCUGCUCAGACAAUCUGAAGCCCAGAGCUCGGCACCCUGGGGACCACAUGGCCCCCCACGUACCCCAUGGCUGGCUCUCAGCCCACCCAGGUGUCUCGUCUAUAAAAUAAGUCUUUCUCCCCAUGUUACAGAAAGAAUAGUACGUUAGCCCGGCAAAGUCAUCAGAAUGGCUGAAAUCAGACACUAGGCAGUAGCAGGUGCUGACGAGGAUGUGAGGCACCCAGAACACCCCAGCCCUCGGGGGUGACCUGGGCAGUCCCUGAUGUCAUGCGUCUCCUGGGACCAGUAAUUCUCCUGGAGAAGGCCCAGAUUUAGGCACCCAAGAGAAAUGCCAACACCCCGGCACAAAAAUGUUCAGAACGGCACGGCUGGUAACAGCCAAAAGCGGCAGUAUGUGCGCGGCCCUGCCCUCCCUGUGGAAGACAGAGCUGCUCAGGGGACCGGCAAGCCGCCGCCAGCCACACAGCCACACCGAGCGUGUGCAGACACGCCUGGAGUGGGCGAGGCCAGACCCACGGGCACACUGUCCCGCACCAUACUUAGAACUCAAAGCGGGUGAACCGUGCUGUGCCAGUGGGGGCAUGGUCACCUGGGGGGGGGAUGGGGGCAUCCCCUGGGGGGAUGCACGCUUACCCUCCCCCCACGCCCCUGUGCACAACUCCACGGCAACACGCACAUGGAACCACCUCUGGGCUGGGCGCCCAUCUGGGCGGGGUGGUGGGGGGUGGCCCUUCGCACCCCUGCUAGGGGCCAGCUCUGUCCCUGAGGGAGCGAGGUAGAGCGAGGCAAAUGUGGUCUGUCUCUGCUCCAGGGAGCUGGUGCUCAGGAAGGGGGUUCAGGCCACACGUGUGAGGGAUCAGACGCGGUCCCCAGUGUCAUGGGAAGCCCUCAGCUGUGCUGAAGCUGGAGGUCACAUGAACUGAUGUCACCUUCACAAAGAACUGGGGUGCGGCCAGGGCUGCCCCACAGGCUGAGGAGGAGGUCCCCCAGGCAGGAAGCAUGGUGGCCCAGACCAGAAUGGGACAGCAGCUGGUGGGACACGCUCUGGAGGCAGAGCCCAUGGGGACACAAAGACAGGGCGAAGGCCGUAUCUUGGGCCUCCGGCCUGAGCAGUGAGUGCAUGGACAGUCCCCAGCAGCCCGCUCACAUACCUCGCCUGGGGCCCCUCGGCCUCAAGCCGGCCUCUGCUGGGGGCCUGGUCUACCCCUUCCUGGGGCUGCAGAGGCCCAAAGCUCAGGGGUGGGGGGUCCCAGGAGGACCGCGAAGGCUCUGGCGGAUCUCUGCCACACCCCACGGCCUGAGCAGCACACUCAGGGAAGUGCAUGACUGCAGCAGCCUGUCCAUCCCCCUCUCCUGGGACCUGAGGCCGGUCUGGCUCAUCCUGGAGGCUGAGGGUGUGAGCCACAGGCAACACUCAGAAAGACCCACUCAGCUCUGGCUGUCGCCGCCAUCCCAGCCCCUGAACAUCAGGGUGACCAGUCUGGGCACUAACCCACACUAUGGCUCUGACCAGCAGAGUCCGGCUAGAGGGAAGUACCAGGAGCCCUGCCUGCCGGAAGAGCAGCUGCCACCGUUGUCCGGGGGAAUGACAGAGCCCCCUUCUCCAGCCUCCGGACACCUGACCAAGUCCCAGUCCUGCGUCCCCUGCGGCCGCGCGUCCUGCUGCGGGGUCGGCGCCGGCCCGGGAGGGGCGGCAGCGCGCUCAGGCGGGGUCCUAACGUCCAGGCGGAAGGGGGGCCCCGGGGCGCCGCUCUGCGGCGAGGCCGGCCCCUCCCUCUGCGGCCCCAGCCCUCCCGGUGGGCGCUGCGGGGGACGCGGCGCGGGCAGGUGGGCGGGAGGGGCGCGGGCUGGGCUGCUGCUGACCCUCGGGGAGGGCGGGAUGUGA